CGGGGUCUUCAGGGGAGAAGAGAACUUGGAUGUAGUGCUGAUUACGUUCCUCCCGCUUUCCAUGAGCUUAGACCAUUUGGGCUGAAGCAGGUUUUUUCCUAGGAGCUGUAGAAAUGGCCAGAAUCAAGCUGUCUUUGCUGUUUGCUGGCAUUGGGCUUGCAGUCAUCUUGAUGCCAGAUUUUCUUGUGGCUGGUCCAGUGGGGCACGCAGAAAAAGAAGAAGUAGCUGAGUUUGCUGAUGAGAAGCCAGCCAGCUCAUUAGCCCUGAAGAAGCUGACACGCAAUAAGAGGAAUGCUGUUGCUUACUACAGACGCUUACCUGAAUUCUGGGCCUGGUACAAGUACUACAUGGACACCCACAACCAGGAGGGAGUUGAGAGCUUGGACCAGCUCUACUUGACCUACCUGCAGCAUAAACACCGCGUUGAGGGGGACAAUUCCUACAAACAUUACCUCACCCACCUGAGUGAGGUCUACAAGGCCUGUUCUAAGUCAGAUGACCCUGACUGCAUUCCAGAGUACACCAGUAAGCCCACAGCUAAGGUUGUUAUGCCUGCUGCCAUGAAGCAAGCUACAGUGAAUGUGUGUAACCCAUAUCUUGAUCCAUAUUGUAUCUUUUCUGUUGGUCCUCACACAGCAUCUGAGGUGCCUCUUCCUGCUCCUGUUUCAGUUAAAUCUCCCAGUCCCAUUCUGUUCCCCUCGCCCAUAAAAACCCCAUCCCCAUACAAUUACUAUGCCCCAGCAUUGGAACCUUUCCUCUCAAAUGAACAGAGAGCUGAGCUGCUCCGGAUCUGCAGCCCAUCUGAUACAGAGUGCUUGCAGUAUCACUUGCGUGCCUCUUAUGGUUAUAGACCUGCUCUUACCCCAGUGCCUUCCUAUGCUUACCUGGGAUGUGAUCCUUCUAAAGACCCUUACUGCAGGCCCACACUGAUAGCCAAGACUCCAUCAGGUCUACAACACAUAUACCCACAUUGCAACCCUGCUGUUGAUCCUUUCUGUGUCAGUAAUAUAGCACCAGCUGCCCUAAGUGCAGAGGAGGGUCCUAAAGAGCAGUACUGCAACCCACUGUUCGAUAAGGGAUGCAACCCACUCACUGCUAACAGGCUGGUCACACUUAAGGCUCCUGUGCUGCAGUAUGUCCCACAAGGUGAGCUGAGUCCCCUUCACCUAGCUGCCCGUAUGAAACCCUUCCUGAUAAGCCCACAAGCAAAGUCCAGUGCUUCUAGUGCCACACCAGAAUGCCAUCCAUAUGACCCCAACUGUAGCAAUUUUUCCCCCCCGGCUUCCCUUGAGGCAGCCAAGAAUGUGCAGGAUGGCAUCAUCUUACCACAUCCUGACUGUGAUCCUGAGAUUGACUACAAUUGCCGUUUGCGUCGUGCACAAACCAAAGACAACAAAAAGUCAGCUGAGGAACCUAAGGAUGAGCUGGAAAGCGGUGAUAAUGCCAGCAACGCCAAUGUAGCACCACAAUAUCAGGUCCCACGAUUCGAAGAUUUCCUGAGGGGAUACCUGGGUCACUAUAAGAAAUGAGAGGACAUACCAUGAUCUGAAAAGCUUUAAACACUCAACCAAGUUGUAGUGUUUCAAAAGGAACUCACAAACAUGUUAAAGUGUUCAGCUCAAGAGAGACCUCCUCGUACUGAAGCCAGAACUCACACAUAAUUUUAAUACUUUCUGAAUUUAUUUGUAUUGACAAAUGGGCAAUACAAUUUGACAUUCUAAUCAAACAAGUAUUUUUCGGUUUUGUACAUGUCCAGGCUCUUCAGAAUAAAAUACUUAUGGAGUUCUGUUUUUUCCUUUACUGUACACCAACCAUGUUUGAAUUGUGAAUGAUAUUUCAGUGAAUGAUAUUGCUUUGAAAAUGCUCAGUUUUUUAUGUAACUCACUGCAUGAAUAAAAUUAUAAA